GAACCGCCAAUAAAUCCAACAAGAAGAAGAAGAAGUUUACGACACUUUUCAAAUGUUUACGACAGUUCCUGAUCGCCACACGUGCAGUCGCAUGGAGAUUGGAGUCUCCGGUGCACUUAGCUAGCUGUACUAAGUUUUUAAGGCAAAGAUGUCGUUCAGAGGUGGAGGUGGACGCGGCGGAGGUUUUAACAGAGGUGGAGGCCGAGGUGGAGGCUUUAGAGGCGGUGGAGGAUUCGGCCGAGGUGGUGGAAGAGGAGGGUUCAACAGACAGCAAGACUACGGCCCUCCUGAGCGCGUUGUUGCUCUGGGAGAAUUCAUGCAUCCAUGUGAAGAUGACAUUGUGUGCAAGUGUACGACAGAGGAAAACAAAGUUCCCUAUUUCAAUGCGCCGGUGUACUUGGAAAACAAGGAGCAGAUCGGAAAGGUGGACGAGAUAUUCGGCCAACUACGAGAUUUUUAUUUUUCAGUAAAGCUCUCUGAAAAUAUGAAAGCAUCUUCAUUCAAGAAAUUGCAGAAGUUUUAUGUAGAUCCGAUGAAGCUGCUGCCACUGCAGAGGUUCCUCCCAAGACCACCCGGAGAAAAGGGGCCACCAAGAGGAGGAAGAGGAGGUGGUAGGGGUGGAGCACGAGGCGGUGGUCGUGGAGGUGGUUUUAGGGGCGGAAGAGGUGGAGGUGGGCGUGGAGGAUUUGGAGGAGGAUUCGGAGGUGGUCGAGGCGGUGGAGGAGGCUUCAGAGGGAGAGGUGGAGGAGGAGGACGUGGAUUCAGAGGCGGAAGGUGAACAAAUUCUGCUGGUGUGGAAAAUCCAGUCGUUUAUCUUCCAACUAGAAGGUUUCAGUUUGCCAGAUUCUGGCCAAAGACUCAUUAGGACUCAGUCUGAGGACAUAUCUUCAGAUACUGGAUGCAUCACUUUUCGAUCAGUGAUGGAUUUUAAGUCAUUUUUUUACCUUUAUUUAAAAGGUUCAUGUGUUUUGCUUGCUUCUGACACAAAGAGGACCUUUUUGUUUUCCAAAGUCAUUGUACCAGCUUGUUGCUUAAAAGAGUGUUUAUUAUUCUGAAUUGAUUUGAAUGGAGUUACAGAUUCAAGGAAUCAUUCACGACUGUAUCGAGGGUUGGAUUAAAACAUUUUGAUAGAAAAUAUCAGACUUGUAUUUUUGUUGAAAGCCUUGAUUAAAACAUACUGUUUGA